AUGCAAUAUUCAGACGAAGAAUUCGUCAAGUUCUUAGGUGAAGGUUCUUACGGUUAUGUUUAUCUCACUUCGAUUCACAACCACAGUUAUGUUCAUUGCGAUCUCAAAUCCGACGACCUCCUUGUGUUCCCGUGUAAAGAUUCUUCUUCUUACGAACUGAAGAUCUCUGAUUUCGGAAACUCGUUGCAAGUCGGAGAGAAACCUCAUUAUUGGGGAAUCGAUUUCCCGUUUAUUGGAACGCCGAUUUACAUGUCGCCGGAGUCUCUCCGUGAUGGCGACGCGAAGAAAACUCUAGAUCUUUGGUCGUUGGGAUGCUUGGUUUUGGAGAUGUACACAGGUGUGAUUCCAUGGCAUGGGGUUGAACUCGAUGAUCUCGCGACUCGUCUCCGUAAUGGUGAAGUUCCAGAGAUUCCAGAGAGCUUGCCUUGUGAUGCAAGGAAGUUUAUUGAAACGUGUUUCUCAAAGAGACCUGAGAAGAGAGGAAGUGCGUAUGAGCUGUUGUUUCAUCGGUUUUUGCAUCGAGAAGAAGAGGAGAAAACGGAGGAGAAGAUUUUUGCAUCAAAGAAAUCGUUUCUAUUGAAGUUAAGAAACAGGAGAGGUUCAAAGAAAUCAAUGGAUAUCUCAGAGAAGAAGCCUCUAAAACUGAAGAAUUUUCCAGAGGUUAAAAAGAUUUUGAGUAAAGUAUUGAGGUUGAAGCAGAGCAGGUUCUGGGUAGAAGCGGUUUAA